CAAAUGUUGUAAAACAGUUAAUAUUCAAAAUCUACAGUUUAUUUCUUGCCUCAAAAAUGUUCAAUGUUAAAUAUUUGAACUGUUGAGGGAAAAGGCGAGUCCGGUGUGCGGACAGUGCCCUCUCUGGAGGCGCAUAGCCGAAACGAGUCGGACUCUAGGGCGGAUGUACCGACCUGGAGGCGGAGUCUUACAACUUACAGUACUUUGUUUACACAAGUCCUUUGUUGUCAUGGUGACAAUGGUGUCUAACGGAUCAACCUCAAACUGUUGCAGACACUCUACACAAUUAACGCUGAAAGAUCCACACGGACAAUCAAUAGGAGACAUCCUGUUUAGGAACUACUGAGUAAUAUUUUACAGAAAUUACUUCCACGCCUUUUGACACCUAAUUACUGUAUCUGAGUUGAUCAUUCAUGUCAAACUGUGACUUGCACUGAAGACGAGCUCACCUGCUUUGUAGUUACCUCAAGCAAGGAAAUGUUUUUCACAAGGCUGUUGAAGAUGUUGAGGAUCUCCUGUCUUAUCCUCACAGGUAUGCUCCUCUUUUCUGUCCUUUGGAAAACUGCAUUGAACUUGCCUUCAUUGCCUGAUAUCAGAAUACCACAGAAAACUGCAUUGGACAAGAUGUCAUUGUCUGAUAUCAGAGUACCACAGAAAACUGCAUUGAACUUGCCGUCAUUGCCUGAUAUCAGAAUACCACAGAAAACUGCAUUGGACAAGAUGUCAUUGUCUGAUAUCAGAGUACCACAGAAAACUGCAUUGAACUUGCCGUCAUUGCCUGAUCUCAGAAUACCACAGCAGCUCUCCAAUGACCUGCCUGGCUGCUCGGCUAUCUUCAGUGGAGACGCAGAGGGCAAGAAAGACAAAUUAGAAAUGCUUCCGACAUCCAAAAAGAGAAAGACUCUUUUAUCUGAGGACUUCUACCUUAAUGUGACUCAAGACUGUCCUUCUUACAUUGAAAGGAGAGGUUUCUUUACAGAGCCUCUCAGUGAAGAGGAGAAGGAUUUUCCCAUUGCCUACUCCAUGGUGAUCCAUGAGAAGAUUGAGAUGUUCGAGCGACUUCUACGAGCUGUUUACACUCCGCAGAACAUCUACUGUGUACAUGUGGACCAGAAAUCCCCUAAGGAAUUUCAGAAGGCCGUGGAGGCAAUUACUUCUUGCUUUCCUAAUGUGUUUAUAGCCAGCAGGUUAGAAAGAGUGAUAUAUACCUCGUGGUCGCGGGUUCAGGCAGACUUGAACUGCAUGAAAGACCUCCUGAACUCACCCGUCCAGUGGAGGUACCUGCUAAACACCUGCGGGACAGACUUCCCCAUCAAAACCAAUGGAGAGAUUGUUCAGGCCCUGACGGCCCUAAACGGGAGAAACAGCAUGGAGACUGAGGCCACCAAUGACUACAAGAAAGGCCGUUGGCAGUAUCAUUACGAUGUGACUAACACAUCUGUCAUCAAGACAGAUGUGAAGAAAAGUCCCCCACCCAUUAGCAGCCCCAUGUUCCAAGGAAAUGCUUACAUUGUGGUCACGAGAGCCUUUAUGGAACAUGUAAUGCAGGACAGAGAGGUUCAACAGCUUCUGGAGUGGGAGUGGGACACACACACCCCUGAGGAGCACUUGUGGGCCACUCUACAGAGGAUGCCCUCUGUUCCCGGAUCAACACCAGCCCACUCAAAGUACGAUACAUCAGACUUGCUGGCCAUCGCUCGUGUGGUGAAGUGGAGCGAAUUAGCAGGAGAUAUGAAAAACGGAGCCCCGUACUAUCCCUGCACUGGUAUUUACAGAAGAGAGGUUUGUGUGUACGGAGCUGGUGACCUCCCGUGGCUCAUGAGACAACAUCAUCUCUUUGCAAAUAAGUUUGAUCCUCUGGUUGAUGAUGUUGCUAUCAGAUGUCUGGAGUCAGUCCUGUAUCACAAAGCCUUAGGCCAUGACCCACUGCUAACAGAUCACACCACGUUGUAAAGCUUGUAAUUAUUUAAAAUGUAAAAUAUGAUGUACUAAGGAAACACUUGGUACUUAGACAGGUAAAUAUGAUAGAAACCAUAUUCAUUGAUUAUUAUAUUGUCAAGAUUUUCUAUUGAAAUGGCUUUAAAUAUUUCUUAUUCUUGAUUUUCAAAAUAUCUUGUAAUGGGAUUUUUUUUUAAGUCUGUGGCUUUUAAUGUUGUCAUUAUAUAGUUAUUGUAAUUGUAUUGUAAUUUAUAAAAUUCAGGGCAUUUUAAUUUAUUGUCAAUAUAUUGAUAUGUAUCUUGCCAUGUAAUUUCUUAUAAUAUUCUUUUCUUUAUGAUUUCAAUGUAUUUGUGGUGCCAUCUAGUGGAUUCUAAGCGGAAGAGACAAGAAUCAAGUCAGAGGUCACAUUCAAGUGAAAAUAGACAUUUUUUUUUCCCCAGGCAGGAUUUUGAUAGCGACGUCUCAUCAGUUCAGAGACUGUGGAAGUAAAACUUUUAGAACUUAUAGAAAUAUGUUAACCAAUGAUAGAUAAUAUUGAUCAUAAAGGUAUAAGAUCUUUAUUAAAUGUUAUAUUAUAAUCCCCAGCCAGCAUACUGUUCACCUUCUGUGUGUGUGUCUCCAACUUGACUUCACCCUGCCCAUUUGCAUGACCACAGCACAAUUUGAUAAGACUGCAUUCUUCUCUCCACCAGAAUAUAGACCGAACAGAGACCUUGUUUAAAACCCAGCUCUUAUUUGAGUAUCCUUUGUUGACUUUUUUGACAUCCUGAACAUUGAUUUUUGUAGAAAGUUUAUCAGGGAUUUCAGACAUCAUUUGGCCCAAGGUCUGAAAUAUUUUGCUUCGACAAGACCUACAAUGUCAUAUUAAAUCACUCUAUUUCCCCUUUCACAAUAUCUCUUACUAACAGGCAGGAAAAGGGUAAUCAAUAUAGGCUCUAUAUACCUAUAUACUAUGACCUGUGCUUAUCUUUGACCUGUUUCCUCAUUCAUGUUUUUUUUUUUUAUUUUCAUAACAAACAAAGAAACUAACAUCUACAGACAGACUCACAAACAUACCAACCCCACAUACAGAAAACAAGCAUAAAAUAAAAUAA